UGGUUCUAUGUGUAAAAGUAGCCUGCAUUAGUGUGCCCUGGGUGAUUCCCACGUUCAGAUAAGAAGCAUUCAGACAUUUCAUCUCAGACGCUUCAAACAGGCUGAAAUAUAUUUCAGAUACGGAGCCAGUUAGUCAGUUGAUUGAGCCAUUUUGCCUGAUUGGUUAGUUUUGAUAGUCUAGUCUGUUUUAGUUCGUGCUGUUCGGGGGAACAUGAGCCUCAGAUGUAACCAGCCGCGGACGUACAGAAGCGUUAAAGCGCCAUGUAGCCUGCUAGAGAGCUGAAAGUUAAACGGAAAAGGCGCUGAGAGAAGUUAAAGGUGCGCGCCGUCGCUGGAACGCAGUAAACCCGCAGGAGGGAGGAGGGAGAGGAGGAGGAGAAGGAGGUGGGGGAUGAUCCCUGGCGGAGCGGUUGGCAGAGUAAUCGGCCACACUGAGAGCGGAUUUGGCCAGAUUAGCCACGGACUGCUGUUCUGUUCGCCUUCACGCGGCCGGUGAGGUGGAGGAGCGCGCGCAGCUCCGCUCUGCUUGCGCUUUUACGCACACUGCGCACUCGGGGGCGCGCUGAAGUGCGCGAACCUGGACACUUCGCGCGGUGAUCUGGGUCUCCAGCGCGGACUGAUCAAGCCCUAAAAUGUCUCUGAGCGCUGAGAGGGAUCCCCUUGGUAGCAGCGCGCGCCUGUAGUAACAAAGCGCCAACUAACUGUGGACCUGUGACCUGUUGAGUCGAGGCGAUCCUCAGUGGGCGAGGAUGCUGUUUUACAGACCAGCCGGGCUUUGUGAGUAGGAGCCCUCGGUGAGCCCCCCACUGGCCCUCUGUGAGGAUGCUGCGCUUCCCGCUGAAGAAAAUCAGGAAGCAGUUCAAGCUGCUGCUGCUGCUGGUGCUGCUCACCUUCGCCGUGUGGUUCACGUACCUGCACAUCAACCAGGGCAAAGCCAUCAAACUCCACUUUAACUACGGCAAAGAUGGAGAGAGGCAGACGGAGGGGACUGACGCCAGUCGUAAGAGAGACCCACGCUCCUCAGAUGGCCAUCGCAAGAGUGAGGAUACCAGCGACAGCCACGAGGAAGACGCAGCGGAGGAUGAGUUUCACGCUGAUGGCGCUAAUGGCAGAGAUCAGUCCGAGAUCCGGAAGUUUCUCUCUCAGAAGCACAAGAAGUUGCCAUGGAAACCUGAGUUUAAAGGUCAGGCUAACCUCCAUGUUUUUGAAGACUGGUGUGGCUCCUCUGUCUCUCAGCUCAGAAAGAAUCUUCAUUUUCCUCUGUUCCCUCAUACAAGAACUAUAGUGAAGAAACUUGCUGUUGCUCCAAAAUGGAAAAACUAUGGCUUGAGAAUCUUUGGCUACAUUCAUCCGUACAAAGACGGAGACUUUCAGUUUGCGGUGGCCUCUGAUGAUAACUCUGAAUUCUGGCUGAGUUCAGACGAAAGCCCGCUGAACGCCAGGCUGCUGGUCUAUGUGGGGCAGCUGGGGUCAGAGUGGACAGCACCAGGAGAGUUCACCAAGUUCAGGUCUCAGGCUUCCAAGUCUGUUCAUCUUAUCGCCUCCAGAAGAUACUACUUCGAGAUUCUGCAUAAGCAGGAUGACAAGGGCUCAGAUCAUGUGGAGGUUGGGUGGCGCCCUUUUCUCCCAGGCCUGAAAUAUGAGGUCAUCGAUUCUGCCUACAUCUCUCUGUACACAGAUGAGAGCAGUUUGAAGAUGAACAGUGUGGAUCACAUCCCUCAGACUCUGGCCAGCCACAGUCGAGUCCCUGGGGAGGCUGAGACCAGCAGCCGGCACGGCGCCGACAUGCUGAAACCGGACCCCCGCGACACCUUCUUUAAGACACCCAUGAUUGACCCGUCUCGGCUGGAGAAUGUGCUGCCCUCCUGUCUGUACUCACCCACUUAUGUAGUUAAAGACUUCCCCAUCGCCCGCUACCAGGGCCUGCAGUUUGUCUAUUUAUCCUUCGUCUAUCCUAAUGACUUCACCCGGCUCACCCACAUGGAGCGAGAGAAUAAGUGUUUCUACCGGGAAUCACCCAUUUAUUUAGAAAAGUUUGGCUUCUACAAAUACAUGAAAAUGGAUGAGGAGGAGGAUGAUCGGCCAUUCUUCUUCCCCAACCCUGAUGAUUUUCUUGAAGAGGAGGAGGGAGUGGAUCCUGAGGAUGAAGCAGAGAUUGUUGGCACUCCUUCAUCAAAGAGGACCACCCGCCCCAGCCAAUCCAGUCACACCUCUAGCCCCUUCCAUAAAGUAGGAUCCAUGUCAACAGGGGAGGCAGAACUAAAGAGCCCAAUGCUGAGGAGAGAACAAAGGCAUUUCUUACACAGGGAGGACCCAGUGGAUGAGGAUAGGAGGAAAGGGGCAGGGCUAGAGGAACCUGAUGGCAUAGAUGAAGGUGCAGAACCAGAGGACCCUCAGAAUGAGAAUGUGGUACAUGGUCGCUCUCUCUCUUGGAUCCGGAAAGAUCCAGAGGAACCGAGGAGAAAGAGCCGGUCUGAUGAUCGCUCCCCAAAGCUCAGCAGAUCGACCCUGCUGUUCCCUCAGAAAUCCUCCCUUGUGGCUCUAACCAGUCGAGCCAAGCAGAUCCUGACCAACUCUGCCCAUGCCGGGCGUUCCGUCAGUGAUCGCGGUCGUAAUGAUGGCCAUGGCAACACUCACCCUAGCAACAACAAGGACCACAAGAAGGAGGACAAUAAAAUCUAUAUCACCAGGCCCCGUUCAGGCAAGGAUAAGAAAGGCCCUGUCUCACGGCAUCCCCGAGAGGUCUUCCCUGGGGUCUUUCUCUAUCAAAAUGGAAAGACCACCAAGCUGGUCAACCUGAGCUCCAAGCACAAGGCGAGUAAAGGAGUUCUAGGUGCUUCUCAGCUCCUAGCAAGGUCUUCUCUCAGAGAAAACAGGGUUUUCCCUUCAAGCUCAAACUCCAGCAGACAGGGUGCAGUUCACCAGGCCUCCAGCAGGGCGGCACUCCUGAGCCACACCGAGAAGAGCAAAUGGUCAGCACCAAAUGAUCCCCGUCUUCCCACUAGGGGGAGCACUACUGCCAGACCGCCUCCUGCUCCUACCCCUCCCUCUUUUAACUCCUCUGAGAACGCUCUGCCCACUGAGCCUCCACGGAUCACCUCCUACCUCCGCACCUCCGAGAUCACAGAGUCCCAGCCUCAGCCAGUGGAGGCAGAGCCUGAACCAGAGGAGGAGGAGGGCGGCCUAUCAGAAUACAGCUAUGAGGAGGUGGAGCCUCGCCCUGGCUGGGCAGAAGAGGCCAUCAACUGGCAGAGGACAUUUUCUGUCAACAGUAUGGACUUCGAAUCACUACGCUCUGACUGGAAUGAUUUGAGGUGUAACGUUUCAGGCAACCUGCAGCUGCCCGAGAGUGAGGUGGUGGACGUGUUAGCUCAGUACAUGGAAAAACUCAACGAGCGCAAUGGAGGUAUCUACACUCUGCUGCGGAUCAUAAACGUGGAGAAGAGGCGUGACUCAGCGCGUGGGAACCGUUACCUGAUUGAGCUGGAGCUGAUGGAGCGUGGGCGGAGUGUGGUGCGACUGUCUGAGUAUGUCUACCUCUUACUGCACCGUGGCCGGCUGGAAGACAGCCUGGAGACCAGCGACGGAGUGACCGCUUCUCCUCCUUCAGCACCCCAAACACCCUCUGCUCCAUCCUCCACUCAGCCCCGUGCCACUCCACAGUGGGGCACUGUCUAUGCCAAGCCUCUGCUCUGCCAGCCCGUCAUGCUGCAGUGGAAACAUGAUGUCAUGGUGCACUUCGUGGUGCCUGUGAAGAACCAGGCUCGCUGGGUUCAGCAGUUCAUCAGUGAUAUGGAGCUCCUGCACCGUGAGACCAAAGACGACAACUUCAACAUCAUCAUCGUGGACUUCCAGAGCGACGACAUGGACAUAGAGCAAGCUCUGAGAGAGAGCUCUGUACCCAGGUAUGACUAUCUCAGGAGGGAGGGCAACUUUGAACGUUCCGCUGGUCUGCAAAUUGGAGUGGACACUAUUGAGGACAGUCACAGUAUCGUGUUCCUGUGUGACCUGCACAUUCACUUUCCCCUGAACAUCCUGGAGAGCAUCAGGAAGCACUGUGUGGAGGGCAGACUGGCCUUCGCUCCCAUCGUCAUGAGACUGGGCUGUGGGAGCUCCCCGCAAGAGCCAGAUGGCUACUGGGAGGUGAACGGCUUUGGCCUCUUUGGAAUCUUUAAGUCUGACUUUGAUAAAAUCGGUGGCAUGAACACAGAGGAGUUUAAAGACCGGUGGGGAGGAGAGGACUGGGAGCUGCUGGACAGGGUGUUGCAGAACGGUCUGGAGGUGGAGAGGCUGAGAUUGCGGAACUUCUUCCACUACUACCACUCCAAACGGGGGAUGUGGAACUCACAGACAAAAAAGAGCCCAAAGGGCUAGAGCUCAGCCUACAAGGAGAAAGAGAGAGACUUCAGAUGGACUUGUGGGCUCCCUUCAUCAGCCUCCUGCCCCUGUGUCUCUCAAGACUCUUAUGAACCAUGCAGGAGGGACACAGUGCUGGCCUGGCUAGCUUUGUGCCCACGCGUCAAGCCAACAACACUCACAGGAGUAAAAGAAACUCUUUUCCCAUGUAGUGAGUGUGUGUGUGUGUCUGUGUGUGUGUGUGUGUGUGUGUGAUAGAGAGAGAGAGAGAGAGAGAGAGAGAGAGAGAGAGAUUCUCUGUUUGUUAGGAGAGGAUUUCUUUUUUAUACUUGAGAUAACCAAGCCUGGAGAUUUAUACUGAAACGGGCUGCAGUGACAGUUCAGUCUGUCUGUGUUAGUGUCAGGGCGCUGGCACAGAGAAACAAGUAAUGUGUUCAGUUUACUUAGUUCAGAUGUUUACAUCAUUUACACAUGAAUGAAAUAUAACACAGUGUUGUCCUUCAGUUCACACACAUUUGGCAAUAGUUGUGUGGCUGCAGUGUAUCUUAUUCAUGUGGAAAUGAGGUUCUCAUUUACAGAAGUAAAUUCAGUGCAUCACUUUUUUUUAGUGCAGAGCUUAAAGAUGUCAAAUGAAAAUUACAAAAGGGAUAUUAUAAUGAGUUGCUUAAUGUGUGCCUCAUAAUGAUGUUAAUAUGAAGGUAACUGUUUAGAAGCUUAGCUGUUUGGGUAUGUCAGUAUGUAGGUACGUCCUCCGUGGGUGUAAGAGGUUUUUUUUGUAAUAUUAUUACAGCACUGAUUCCUGUUGAAGUGCAAGCAGGUAACUGUAUGUAUUCCUUGAUUCGUAUAAUCUGUCCUGUUUCUUGCCAUCUCCAGCAGAGGGCGACUAAAGCUGAUGAAAAUGCACUAGUGUUGGUGGCAACCUGCUUUUUCUCCCCUGUAUACACUGAACAGCCUGCUGGUUUUUCAUUAGAGAUCCUGCUGAUAGUCAAACUGCUGACCCUCAUGCUCCUGGACACAGUUGGAGAUGGGAACUGCUGAGAAACAGAUGGAGCUUUUCUCUUCUGUUUGUCUGUCUAUAUAUUUGUUUUGUUGUACGUACUUCAGGCUACUUAUUAGGGGUGGGCGAUAUGUCAACAUAAUAUAAUUAUCAUGGUAAAUCAUGUCACUGUAAGAAUUUGUGGGCUUUGACAACAAUAACCCACUGCAUGUUUCACUGAAAAUAGGUUCAGGAGAGGCUCCAAAGUGGUAUAGCUGUCUGAAGUUUUGCUCUAUUAUGGGAAGAUCGUGAGUUUGAAUCUCAAAAAUGUCGAGAGCCCAAAAUAUAACCGACUGUGCUUAAUUGGGUUGUGUUUGAAUGGUUGUUCUGCGCAGUAUAUUGUGUCCAGAAAUAUCCAGAUAUCCCUUCUAAUUGGUGAUUUUAGCUACUUUAAGGUGCACUCAUUGCUGACCCAAUUGGGCACACAUGGCUUGUACCAUUUCCAUAGAAAAGCAUUGCCAAUAAAUUGGGAUGCUCUGGAGCAGCCACAAAUGACCCUAAGGUCACCAUGCUCAAUGGCAAGCAUCAGCUAGAAGGGUAAACAGUGCCCCCAGUAUUGGGCUGUAGAGCAGUGGGACUGCAUUCUCUAUAGCCCCUGUAUCAAACACAAGGCCUGCAGGCUGUGACACAGUCCUAUUUGGCCUACAAAAUUAUUUCAAUCUUCUAUUCUUAUUAGCCCGUUUCACCCUGAGCUGCACUACAGUCCCCAGCAUGCACUGCAACAUAGUGUGUGCUCUGACCCCCUUCCCCCAACAACAAUCUAUGGGCCAGUGGUUACACGAAAAGAAAAGAUGUCUCAUGUCUAGUUUAAGCAAAUAGACAGUUU